UAUUGCCAAAUUAACCAACCGAAUGCCCCAAUUGGCAACUGUCAAAUUUCCGUGUUGUCAAACAAUUGUCAAGAGAAUGAGAUCAUAGCAAGAAAUUUUGGGUUGGUCUACGAUUUGGCACUUCGUCACUAAAAUGGGGCUAUUUGGGAAGACGCCCGAGCGGAAUCCUAAGGACAUGGUGAAUGAGUGGAACUCAAAAUUGAGGAAAGAGGGGUACCAACUGGACCGUCAGAUCAGAUCCAUUAAGCGCGAGGAGGAAAAGGUGAAGCGGUCGCUUAAGGAGGCUGCCAAGAAAGGGGACAAGGAGACGUGCACAAUCCUUGCGAAGGAAAUCCUCCACGCACGGCAGGCUAUAACCCGGAUUUACACUUCCAAAGCCCACAUAAACUCAGUCAUGUUGCAAAUGAAGAACCAAUUAGCGACUUUGCGCGUCGCUGGUUCCCUGGCCAAGUCCACCGAAGUGAUGCAAGCCAUGCAGCGCUUACUCCGCGUCCCGGAAGUGGCCCAAACGAUGCAAAACCUCUCCAAAGAGAUGAUGAAAGCGGGGAUAAUUGAGGAGAUGUUGGACGAAACAAUGGACAGUUUUGAGGACACUGAGGAGAUGGAAGAGGCGGCGCAGACUGAGAUUGAUAAAGUGUUGUGGGAAAUAACGGAGGGUAAAUUAGGGGAAGCCCCUGCGCCCCCCGUUGGCGACAAGGCGGCGGCGGCUGUGGAACAGCCCGAAAGUGUAGAUGUUGAGGAUGAGGAAGAGAUUGAAGAGAUGCAGAGCAGGCUAGCUGCACUUAAAUCCUAACUCGUAACUGAGCUGAAGUAUUUCACCGUUUGCUUUAUUGUAGAUAAAGAAGGAUAUUUUUUUAGUGUAUUUAUGCAACAUUUUGUAUAUAUUAUUAAGAUUCUAAUUCACUAAUUGCCUGUUGACAGUUUAUUGUUUAAUUUAAAUAAAUAAAUAUAAUAUGAAAUUGA